AAUACAGAACACGCCGUUCUAAGCCAGAACUGAGAGGCAGCGCGCGAACGUUAAGGCUCUUGGAAAAGCAAUGGCAAAAAGAACCCCGACAGCCCGAGAGACUCGCAGCUCUCGGUUCAAAACAAGCUGCGCCGCCCCCCCCCCCCCGCGGGUUCUGGCAGAAUGGGAUGACCUACCGACGUGCAUCUUGGGUGUUGUAGUCUUUCCCCUUCGCGCCCGCCUAUAUUUUCCUAUUUCCGGGCCCUUCUUACUCGCACCAGACCCGCUGUCUCCUCCUAUAGGGUCUUCCCCCGACAUGGUGAUUUCAGAGACAAUGGAUCUGCUUUUCAGAAUAAGGGGAGGCCUUGAUCUAGCAUUUCAGCUAGCGUCUGCUGAUGAUAUUUCUACGAAAAAGGCAUUAAAAUAUGUAUUGAGUGACCUUUCAAAUAAACUUUCAUCCAAUGCCCUUGUCUUCAAAAUUUGCCAUAGUUCAGUGUACAUAUGGCCUAACAGCAACAUGAACACAGUUCCAGCAGAACUAACUGAUAAUUCUUCUUGUAAAGAAAUACUACACUUUAUUCAAUUUGACCAAGAAGAGGAUACAAAACGAAGAUUCACCAAAAAGAAAGAUAAAAAGUUACAAAGACAGCUUCAGAUAAUAAAUAUAGAUCUCAUGUUGGAAAUGUCAACUUCUCUAGCUGCUAUAGCUCCCAUCAUUGAAAGAGAAAGUGGAGGUCAUCAUUAUGUCAACAUGACAUUGCCGGUUGAUACUGUUAUAUCUGCAGAUCCAGAAGAAUCAUGGGGAGCAGUUCGAAGUCGUCUAGUAAAUUCAGUUCACAGUCAACUGAGUGAUAUGGAGAAAUGCAUUUUAAAAUACAUGAAAGGAACAUCUAUAGUAGUCCCUGAACCACUGCACUUUUUAUUACCAGGAGAGAAAAAUCUUGUAACAAUUUCCUAUCCAUCAGGAGUUCCAGAUGAUCAGCUACAAUCUUACAGAAAGGAAUUGCAUGACCUGUAUCACCUACCUCAAGAUAGACCUUAUUUUAAAAGAGCUAAUGCAUAUCGCUUUCCAGAUGAACCAUUUAAAGAUGGGUAUAUCAGGAAUCCACAUAGUCAUUUAAAUCCAUUGGGAUUGGAGUCUGGUAUGAUUUCCUUAGUCCAGGGCAUAUAUGGCUAUCAUCAUUACAUGCAGGAUCGGAUAGAUGACAGUGGCUGGGGCUGUGCUUAUCGGUCUCUACAAACUAUCUGUUCUUGGUUCAGACAUCAGGGAUACACUGACAGGUCCAUUCCAACCCACCAGGAGAUUCAGCAGGCCCUUGUUGACGUGGGGGACAAACCAGCAACAUUUGUAGGGUCACAUCAGUGGAUUGGUUCGAUUGAGGUACAAAUGGUUCUAAACCAUUUGAUGGGAAUAACUUCAAAAAUACUAUUUGUCAGCCAAGGUUCUGAAUUAGCUUCUCAAGGAAGGGAACUUGCCAAUCAUUUCCAGAGUGAAGGAACUCCAGUAAUGAUCGGUGGAGGGGUCUUGGCUCAUACAAUACUAGGAGUAGCCUGGAAUGAGAUGACAGGGCAAGUAAAAUACCUGAUUCUAGAUCCUCAUUACACAGGACCAGAGGACCUGCAAAUCAUUUUGGAAAAGAUAGCAGAUAUACAAGAAAAAAUGAGUUCAUGCUUUUCUGUUUGCAUAGAAUCACGUCUGUGAAGAAAAAUUUUUUCUGGAAAUAUCAGUUUUAGUUCACUGAUGGAAAGAAAACAAUAAGGGCGAAGGAAAUAUUGAACACUCUGCAAGUACAUGUUUGUGUGAUAUAACAAACUACUGUAAAAUGCCAAAUAUGUUUAAAUAAUUAUUUGCAAAUAUAUUUUGAUUUGUUUCUUCUGGAAAUUAUUUUGUAAUUAAGGAAAAUACUUUAAUGAAGUUUAGGUAAACAUUACUCUAAGUUCAUAACAUUUGUUGACAAUGACUACAAUCCACGAACAUUUGGUUGUUUCCUGGGAUUUGGGGGAGGUUACUGGAGCUAGACAAUGUGACUGUGUUUUUU